AUGAGUAGUGCCGACUUGAACGAAAUAGCGGGUGCGCUGCGUACUGCACGUCUCAACCGAGCCCCAAUUUCACCCCCGUCCAAAAGUUACCCUUCUCUUGACGUAAAAGGCGCUUUUGAAAUACAAAAAAUAACGGUUCAGAAUGCUAUCAGCAAAGACAACGACCGCCUAGUCGGCUAUAAACUAGGAAAUAUCGCGAAAGUCAUGCAGGAUGCAUUUGGUCUUGAUCAACCCGACUACGGAUUUCUACUCGCCAGCCUCUUCGUUUAUCAGGGCACAAAGAUCUCUUUGGACAACUUGAUAAAACCCUAUGUCGAAUUGGAACCGGCCUUCGUCCUCAAGAGUCGUCUUCGUGGGCCUAAUAUUACGGUCGCCGAUGUCAUCAACGCAGUCGACUAUGCCAUUCCAGCGGUAGAAAUUAUAGAUUCACGAGUUAAAGAUUGGGCAAUCAAGUUAGAAGAUACUCUAGCAGAUAAUGGUUCCACUGGCGCUGUGAUCCUCGGUGGAACUCCGCGACGGCUCUCCGAUUUAGACUUGAGCAACACUAAGGGCACACUGCAUUUUAACGGACGAGAGAUUAUGACGGGAAAUACGGGUAAUAUACUGGGAAACCCGCUGUCAGCUACCGCAUGGUUAGUCAAUAGGCUGGCUGAAUUUGAUGUUGAAUUCCUCCCCGGACAAGUUAUUCUACCCGGAAGUUGCCUACGGGCUAUGCCGAUGGAAGAAGCAGGACGCUGGUCAUGCACGUUUGAGGGUUGGGGAACGGUGGAGUUUGACGUUGUUUCACAUGCUUCCUCGAAGUUAUAA